GCUCUAGCAAGGGCUCACAAACUGUCUGAGGAUGGACUGGGUCCUAGGGUGGUGAUGCAUAACCAGUGAAGUAUAUAAGCUCUUCAUUACAAGACUUUAUACUGAGACACCGGCACAAAAAAACAACAACAAACAUGGUUAUCCUGAGUAAAUUGUCGACAAUCGCUCAGUCUCGAGAUGCCCGCCUCUUCGGUGCUGCUUCUUCGACAGCUUUCCUGUACUGGCUCUACAGCACCUCAAAAUCUGGGGGGAAGAGGUACAAAGAUGAAGUGAAGUUUGUGGUCAAUGAUUCUGGUGGAGCGGGUGACAGGAAGAAAGUUCAGGUGAACAAUGAAUUCUUCAAGUCCCUUAAAGGCAUCCUGCGGAUAUUAGUGCCAGGCGUAUGGAGUUCAGAGUCGGGCUACCUUAUCUUGGUAGCUUUCUCGCUUAUUGUACGAAGCAUAUGUGACAUUUGGAUGAUUCACAAUGGAACACUUAUUGAAAGUUCAAUCAUCUCAAAGGACUUGAACCAGUUUUUAAGGUUCUUGGUAGAACUUAUGCUUGCUAUGCCUGCAAUAUCCUUGGUUAACAAUGUCCUGAAAUUUGGCCUGAACGAAUUGAAGCUGCGGUUCAGAACACGAUUGUCAAACCAUCUUUAUGAACAGUACCUCAAAGGCUUCACUUACUACAAGAUGAACAACUUGGACAGCCGAAUCAGCAAUGCCGACCAGCUUCUGACGCAGGAUGUGGAGAAGUUCUGUGACUCUGUGGUGGAGCUCUACUCCAACAUCAGCAAACCAAUCCUCGACAUUCUCAUUUAUGUUCAGAAGUUGACACAAGCUAUUGGCGGGCAGGCUCCUGGAAUAAUGAUCAUGUACCUCAUUAUCUCUGGGACCCUCCUCACACACCUCCGACGACCGAUCAGCCGCUUAACGGCAACAGAACAGCGACUGGAGGGUGAGUUCCGGUUCGUGAAUUCUCGCCUGAUCACCAACUCGGAGGAGGUGGCGUUCUACCAAGGGAAUUGCCGUGAGAAGAAGAAUAUCGACUCCUCCUUCAAUCGCUUGGUGAAUCACCUUCGAUCAUUUAUUUCAUUUAGAUUCAACAUGGGAUUCAUUGACAACAUCAUUGCAAAAUACCUGGCAACAUGUGUUGGAUUUUCUGUCGUGGCUUAUCCUUACCUUACACCCUCAUCACGUCUGGCUAACAGUGACUACAAGAACCGCAUGCAGGACUACUACAGAAGUGGAAGAAUGCUCGUCAAACUAGCUGAGGCCAUUGGACGACUUGUGCUAGCUGGGCGAGAGCUGACACGACUUGCUGGUUUCACUUCCCGAGUGCAGGAGUUGCUUACGGUGCUCAAUGAUCUGAACAAUGGAAAAUAUCAGCGCACCAUGCUGGAGAACAAGCAGUGCAAUGGUGUGCUUGGCAAACCUCUCAUCCCUGGAGCUGGGCAAGUCAUCAAUGAAGACAAUGUGAUUCGCUUUGAGAAUGUGCCCCUUGUUACCCCCAAUGGAGAUGUCCUGGUCCGAGAGCUGAACUUUGAGGUCAAAUCUGGGAUGAAUGUCCUUGUCUGUGGCCCAAAUGGCUGUGGCAAGUCAUCCCUCUUCAGAAUUCUAGGAGAGCUCUGGCCAGUGUUUGGAGGUACAGUAACCAAACCAAGCGCAGGCAAGCUGUUCUACAUCCCACAACGACCCUAUAUGACUUUGGGGACUCUCCGGGAUCAGGUUAUAUACCCUGACUCACAUAGCGACAUGAUUGCACGAGGGAUCACGCAUGACAACCUUCGAGAACUCCUACAACAAGUACAGCUCACUCACAUCCUUGAUCGUGAAGGAGGUUGGGAUGCCAUCGCAGAUUGGAUGGAUGUCUUGUCGGGCGGAGAAAAACAGAGGAUUGCAAUGGCCCGUCUCUUUUACCACAAGCCCCAGUUUGCUAUCCUAGAUGAAUGCACAAGUGCAGUGAGUGUAGAUGUUGAGGAUGCCAUGUACCAGUACUGCAGUAAAGUGGGAAUCACUCUCUUCACAGUUUCUCACCGCAAAAGCCUGUGGAAGCAUCAUGAGUACUACUUGCACAUGGACGGGCGUGGCUCCUUCGAGUACAAGCGCAUCGAGCCAGACACACAAGAAUUUGGGUCUUGAGGACUGCCUCCUAAAGGUAGCUGGAAGGUGAUGGAGAAAGCAAGAGGAGGUUGAACACCCAUUGAAUUAUAGUUUUGUAGCUAACAGCCAUUUGUGGACGUUCUGAUGGUGGGAAUCGGAGAAUAAGAAGAAAGUGCGCCAAUCCCUGAAAACUUAAUUAUUAUAUGUAUUUUAAGCUUUCUUUUAUGUUAACACAGUUUUAUCAUAAAGUUAUAUUAUGAGAUAAUGCUUUUAGAAGUUGUGUCAGGAAGCAUUCAUUCUGCCUAGAAUUUAAAUUCUAUUUUCAUCUUGCAAUUUGUUAAUGUUUCUAAAUGGGAAUGUCUUUUGAUUUUUUUUGCAUUACUAUUUUUUUAUUUCAUAUUAUAUUUAAGCUUUAAUUUCAGGUUGCUUAUUUCUACUUAUCUUUUUCUUUAUCUAUUUCUUUCUGUUGAAUCCUGGAUGUUGUGACUUUCUUAGAUGCUGUUGCAUAGGAAAUUAUUUAAUAGUUGUAUAGAAGAUGUACAUGUUAUAAAUUUCUUAGAACAAGAUAACAAAGGGAUCGAUAAAUGAUAUUUCCAGUGAUAUUUGUCACAGUACAGAGUAAUUUAUGAAGGUUUCUUAAUAUUGACAAUGAAUUACCAUAUUACAUGGUAUUAGUGAUAUUUGCAUUACCAAAAUGCUUUAGGUUAGUGACAAAAAACAGUAGAAACAUCAAGCAAAUGCAGAUAAUCAGUCUAAGAGGAAAAUGUACUGAGGUUAAAGCAAUCCAUUUUAGGGCAUAUAUCCUUGACAUACACUAAGUGGUAGGUUUAACCUCUGCACUAUAUGCUCCCCCAAAAAGGGAUGUUAUGUUUCACAAUGAAUCCAGAUGAUGACUCUUUAGCUCUUAACAGAGGAAACAGAAUUUGUUAAGAUAAGUCUUUGAACCAACAAACCCUCUAGCUGGUACCGCUGGAAUAAAUCCAACCUUUACCGGACCGAAAAAAUGAGGAAACUGGAAACAAAUAGUCAUCAUCGGAUUCAAGAGGUUAAGCAUAGCCAAGUUCCCAUCAGUUAGAUACUCAAAUGGAUGUCCGGCAAAGUUUUGUUUUUUUUAUGCAACAGCCUUGCCAGAGUAUAAUGUUAUUAGUUUUUAGUUUCCUGCAGAUGUUUGUGUGUGGGAUAAAAAAAAAUAAUGAUUAUGGUCAGUUCCAUUAUAAUAAUAAUAUAUUUUUUUGUUCAGCCUAUUUAUAUAUUUAUUCAUUGAUGCAAAUUAGAGGAAAAUUGUAUUUUGCAAUUAUUUGAUAAGUGAUUGUUAUUGAUAGCCAUUUUAUUAAUUUUACUGCUCUGAACUAGAAAAUAAUUUUUGAAUUUUUGAUUUUUCUCUUCUCUCUUAUCUGUGAUAUUUUUUUCAAGUGAUUUGCAUUACUUGCAAAAAUAUUAAUAAUAAUAAAAAGAUGAAUAAACAAGAAUAGGUUAAUAAUUGAAUAGAUAAUGACUCAUUAAAAAGACCGGGUUGACAAAAAGUGGCAGUCAUAAGUAGUUCUGUAAUUUUUUGAAAAAAGGUGCAACAUCUGAAUAGUAACCAUUUUGAUGCAACACUAGCUCAUGAAAUUUUUUGGGAAUAUUGGCAUCGUGAUCAGUAUUUGUGAGUUAUUAUCUCAAUUAGGGAUUAUGUAAUGACAGUGGUUAUAAAAGAUGAUGUGUAAGUAUUAACAUUAUUAAAGCUUUAGAGAUUAUUGAUAUAUUUGUAAUAGAUUUACACCCCCCCAAAAAAGGAUAAAUAGGAAAGGUAGGGAAAAGUCUAAGAUACUGAAAGCUUGCUAUUUCAGCAACAAUGCCAUGGUAAUCUGAAGCUUAAUCCCAGUGACCGCAACUGCCACAGUGACAACCACAUCACUGCUUCCACCACUUAUUGCAUUAUAACUUCCACCAGUCACUAUGUAAAUUCAAGGGAUGUUUAGCACUGUGUUGUAACGAAGCUUCUUUGUGUACUUUAUUUACCUGAACCCAAUGCCUCUGGGAGAAUUUGGGGUUUGCCUGGCCAACUGGGCUUACCUCCAGGGCCUCUUUCUGAUGUGGCUGGUGCGUCGCAGUUUUCGCACUGUACCAACAAGGUGAUAUGAUUUCUUUUGCAUCACUUGUAUCCAAAACAUGAUUUUAGUGUUUUUGCAUGUUCAGAGAGGAAUGAUCUUCAUUUUGGGUGCUAGAUUGAACCUGUAGUAAUCUAUUUAUAUGCAGUAGAGUCUAUGCCUGUGUACAAGAUGAAAUAUAGUUUUAUUGAGGGGUAAAGUGAUGGAUAUUCUCUCAGUUUUGCAAAUCUUAUUCUUAUGAAAUAAGAGAUUGUAUGCAGUUAUAUACAGGGCUGCUGCUCCCAUGGCUUCAGUUCUCUUUUGUGUCUCGUACUGGCAGGGGGCUGUUUGACAAUCCAAGUAGUUGACAUAAGGUGACUGAUCAUAUGAACUAGAGGUUACUUACAGGUUCACAACAUUAGCAAAAGAGCACAAUGCUUUGGUAUGUGAUAUCUUCCAGGCAUAGCAGGCGACUGAUUUAUGUGCUAAAUAUUGUUCUUUAUAUAAAACAAUAAAAAGUUGGAACUUUACA